AUGUCAAGAGCCCUUGACCAAGAUGCAAAAACAUCUAUUAAUGCUAGGGAUUCGCAAAAGGUUUACAAUGAUGUUGUGGAAAUGUUCACCUCUCAUACUAGUUCAUAUACUUCUACCCACAAGCUGUUAGACUUUGAAUUUCUUGGGAAAGGCCAAUUGCCAGAAGACAUCAAUACACUUGUCCUCGAGAACAGCGUUGGAAUACCGAAAACGAAACUUAUUCAAGCAUUUGUUGUUGCACGGCAAGUGUUUUUCAAGUUCAAGGAUCAGGAUCCAGAGCAUUCACAGGAAAUUCGGGAUGCUACGUCUGUCAUUCUUCUCACCGAUCCGGAACAUUUGACGGCUUGUAGCGCUCGAAAACGACUUAUACAGAAUAACCAAAACCUAUCUCCAAAUGAGCUUGAAAAGGCUCUAGGAAGGGAGCUAUAUUUCGUCGAUAGUCUUCUGACAUCUCAUCUCAAUCGUCAUACAAAAUCGCCAACACUUUGGAGUCAUAGGAGAUGGCUUCUUGAGUUCCGUCAGUCUAUGCAUCUAUCCAUUGAUGUACCUCGGGAUCUUGGAUCAGUCGUCAUGGUGGCAGCUGAAAGACAUCCUCGAAACUACUACGCAUGGUCUCACAUGAGGUGGCUAAUGAAAUCUGUAGAGGAUGGAACUCAAACUUCUACCUACCUUGCCAUCAUAGACAAUGUGAAAAAGUGGUGUUUGAAGCAUCCAGGAGAUACAUCAGGGUGGUCUUUCCUGUUAUUCUGUUUAUCUUCUCCUACAUUUAUGAACAUGCCAGGCUGGGUGGUCCAAAAGUCCUUCAUUUGUGAAGAAGUUCUUGAGAUGGCAAUUUCAUUGAGAUGGAAAGAGGAAUCCUUAUGGGUAUUUCUCAGGACUUUGGUGGCAUCUGGAGAUAUCACAGAGAAGUGGGGAUUCACCUUUUUGAAGACGUUGGAAGAUUUCAAAAACUCCCUGGAUGAUCCUAGAGGCCGGCGAAUAGUUCAAUCUGCCCAUGAAUGGUAUUUGGACAAUGAACAGAAAACCCAGUCUACUCAUUGA